CGUCCCAUCUCGAUCCACCCCGUCGAGCACCGCCCCCCCUCAGCCAGAUCUCUUCUUCCUUUUUACCGCGCCAGCUCGCCCGGGUGCGUCUCUACUCACCGGCGCCUGACCGGCCGCCGACGAUCGAUCGCGCGUGAGCGUGUGGGGGAGCGCUGAAUUUUUGAUGCUGAGCUUGUCGUCGUUGGUCGCUGCGGGCGUCAACUAGCUUGGUUGCUUUGGGUAUAUGGAUCCAUCUGGCCCCGGACCGUCCUCUGCCGCGGCUGGCGGCGCGCCGGCCGUGGCGGCGGUGCCUCAGCCGGCGCCGGCGCAGCUGAGCAGGUACGAGUCGCAGAAGCGGAGGGACUGGAACACGUUCCUGCAGUACCUGCGGAACCACCGGCCGCCGCUGACGCUGGCGCGGUGCAGCGGCGCGCACGUGAUCGAGUUCCUCAGGUACCUGGAUCAGUUCGGCAAGACCAAGGUGCACGCGGCGGGGUGCGCCUUCUUCGGCCAGCCCAGCCCGCCGGGGCCGUGCCCGUGCCCGCUGCGCCAGGCGUGGGGCUCCCUGGACGCACUCAUCGGUCGCCUCCGCGCCGCGUACGAGGAGAGCGGCGGGACGCCCGAGUCCAACCCAUUCGCCGCGCGCGCCGUCCGGAUCUACCUCCGCGAGGUGCGGGACUCGCAGGCCAAGGCGCGGGGCAUCCCGUACGAGAAGAAGAAGCGCAAGCGCGCGCAGGCGGCCGGCGUCGAGCCGUCCAGCUCGUCUUCUGCUGCUGCGGCAGCUUCCGGUGGUGGCGACGCGGGCAGCGGUGGCGCUGCAGCUGCCCCCACCGCUCAACCUGGAGGGAGUGGCGCUACACCAAGCACCUCCUGAUAUCAGUAUAGUUUAGUACAUGGCAAGGAGUUGGAGUCGUAGGGAAAAUGAACUAAUCACCGCUACUAUCUGUUCAUGAUCCCAUAGAUAUAUCCUUGGUAUGAAAUGGAGAUUCCAGGUAAUAUUAAUGGUAUCCUAGCUAGCUAGCUACUCCUUUCCUCCCAUCAUCAUCGCAAAGCUUGUCACUGACUUAAUUACUAACUAGGGUGUAUUGCCUUGCGAUCCCAAGUUCCUAAUAAGCUAGCUCUUAAAUCCACUGCAAAUCCUGUAUAUUUUCUUGGCUUCCGGGGCACAGUACACCAAGAAUAUAAUGGCUCCGGCCCUGUUGAUUCAUGUAUUUGCAGCAUACGAUGAAUUGCAUUUCUCCCUUUUCUCCCAAGGAUGAACUGUGCAGGAGGAGAGCGACACAGGCAGAAGCUAACUAGGCCCUGCAUUGAUGGCGGUGUUCCCUCCCCUCGCAACGUACUCCUGCACGGACCUAAGCACCCCCUAGCACGAGCACUACAGUUCCCAGCUGCGGAGUGCGCGCGGCCUUCUUCCCCAGCCGGCCGGCCACGGUCAGCCCAUCUCCAAUCCUGCUUGAUUGCACCACCCUCCAUUGCCAAGCAACACAGGCAACAUCGAUCUGCAGAGAUCAAUCUCCUUCCAGGAGGGAGAGAGAGAGAGAGAGAUGCGGAUUCUUCAGGAAUCAGUUCUUGAUCAAGCUUCUCCAAUGGUGAGUGGAUGGAGAGAGAGAGAGAGGGAGGAGGUUGGAGAGAUAGGGCUAGAGCAUGGCAUGAAGGCGGGAGGGGGGGUUUGUCGCGGGCGCCUUUAAAUAGUAAAGAGCGGGGCGAGGAGGAGGAGGAGGAGGGAGAAGAGGGGAUCUGAAUAUGAUCAGCCAGGCAAUGCAAUCACUGGUCCCCCGGCGGAAUGGAUCGAUGGGUACUGUAGCCUACGGAUGGGGAUCGAGAGAGCAACGGCCGCCCGUGGCAUGGCAGGCGCGCGCCCUCCCCGUUGAUUGAGUCCCCCCUCCCGAUCCUUGUCUGUCUCGAUCUCUGACCACACGUGCACCGGCGCCGCACGUACGCAGUACGUACCCCCUCCCUCCC